AUGAGCGACGUCAUCACCGUGCACGAGGUGGGACUCCGCGACGGGCUCCAGAACCAGCCGCGCGUCGUGCCGACCGAGGGCAAGCUCCGGCUCCUCGACGCGCUGCUUGACUCAGGCCUCCGCUCCGUCGAGGCCGCGAGCUUCGUCUCGCCCAAGGCGGUGCCGCAGAUGGCGGACGCGGCGGCGAUCUUCGCCCGGCUGCCGCAGGAUCGCGGCGCCGGCUACGAGGCGCUGGUGCCCAACGAGAAGGGCUACGAGCGGGCGGUCGAGGCCGGCGUCACCACCGUGGCGCUGGUGCUCGCCACCACCGAUACCUUCAACCAGCGAAACAUCAACAUGUCGCUGGACGAGGCGAUCCGCGUCAACGAGGCGGUGAUCCGCCGCGCGAGGGCAGACGGGAUUCGGGCCCGCUCCUACCUCUCGGUGGUCGCCGCCUGCCCCUACGAAGGCGUGGUUCCGCCCGAGACGGUGUUCGAUCUGGCCGCGCGCAUGUUCGACGCGGGCGCCGACGAGCUUGCGCUUGGCGAUUCAACCGGCGCCGGCACGCCGCCGCAGAUGGCGCACCUCUUCGAGACGCUGGCGCAUCGCUACGGGCCGGAGCGCCUCGCCGGCCACUUCCACGACACGCGCGCGAUGGGGCUCACGCUCACCUGGGUCGCCAUCGAGUGCGGGAAUCCGCAAAUCUGGUGUUCAUGCUGA